GAGCAGUUGCCACGGCAACGGCCGAUCGCGCGGCCGGACGUAGUAAAGAUGGCGGUGACUGGCUGGCUGGAGAGUCUGCGGGCGGCCGAGAAGACGGCGUUGCUGCAGGACGGAAGAAGAAAGGUGCAUUAUUUGUUUCCAGAUGGGAAGGAAAUGGCUGAAGAAUACGACGAGAAGACCGGUGAUCUGCUUGUGCGGAAGUGGCGUGUGACCAGUGCCCUGGGAGCCCCGGGCCAGUGGCAGCUGGAAGUGGGAGAGCCGGUGUCCCCCGGAGCAGGCAGCCCGGGGAUGGAGCUCAUCAAGGAGAGCAGUGCCAGCCCCAUCUUCAUGCGCAAGGACACAAAGAUGACUUUCCAGUGGCGGAUCCGGAACCUCCCCUACCCUAAGGAUGUCUACGGUGUCUGUGUGGCCCCAAAGGAGCGAUGCAUCGUUGUCAGGACAACCAACAAAAAGUACUACAAGAAGUUCUCCGUUCCUGACCUAGACAGACACCAGCUACCCCUGGAUGAGUCCUUGCUGAGCUUUGCUCAUGCCAACUGCACCCUGAUAAUCUCUUAUCAGAAGCCGAAGGAGAUCUUGAUGGCCGAGUCAGAGCUACAGAAGGAGCUAAAGAAGGUCCAGACGGCCCACAGCAGUGAUGGAGAUUGUAAGACCCAGUAGCUGGCCCUGCCUUACACCUCGAUGGUGGAGGGUUUUGUGACACUUCUGGCCUGGCCUUGCCGGUGUAGGGCAGCCACCCAGAGCCUGGAGAACUGGCCCAGGAGCACUGUUCGCCCCAGCUCACAGUCUCACUUCCCAAGUAAAGUCCUGAGUUACUGCA